AUGGCUCAUAAGGGCGCAUUCGAAGCAGUCGACAGAACAUCUAGAGAUAUCAAGAAUUGUGAGGAACUGUUGUUUGGGGGAGCAAUAGUUGUAUUGGCAGAUAUUGGAAAUGGGGCAAUUACUUCAGAUAUACAGGAUCAGAAAAUCAGUCUACCGGAAGAAUUAUGUAUAUAUGUGAAUACAGCAGAAGAAUUAUUCAGUUCAGUAUAUUCUGAACUAUCAGAACACUACAGGAAUUUCGACUGGCUUCGUGAACGGGCUAUAUUAGCUCCGCUAAAUGAUGAGCUGAAAAAAAUAAAAAAUAUUCAAAAGAUUUCUGAGAAAAGCAUUGAUUUUCUUGGAAAAGGAUCUUGGCAUGAACAAUAUCGUAAUAGUGCUUGGAUUUUUGUUGGAGGUCUAUCCUAUGAUUUGACAGAAGGCGAUGUACUAUGCGUAUUCUCACAAUAUGGAGAAAUUGUUACCAUUAAUUUGAUCAGAGACAGAAAGACGGGAAGAUCUAAGGGAUACUGUUUCAUUUGCUACCAAGAUCAAAGAAGCACUGAUUUGGCCGUAGAUAAUUUUAAUGGAAUUCAGAUUUUAUCUCGUACGAUCAAGGUUGAUCACGUGGAGAACUAUAGAAUUCCUGAAGAGCACGAAGAAGACGACGAGCUCACCAAAAAACUUAAAUUUGAAGGGUUGUUGGGAAUAAAUGAAAAGGAAAUUUUUAAUUCCAAAAAUAAGAGACACCGUUCUAAUAAACAUUAG